AGGCUGUGUUCCCACAAGACAUGGCUCCUAACUCCUUCUCUGUCCUUCAGAUUCUCACCUUUCUAAUCUGCUUGACUCAUGCCAAUUCCAUUGAUUUCAAUUACCCUGCAGUUUUCAACUUUGGCGAUUCCAAUUCCGACACAGGUGGGCUCGUCGCUGGACUUGCCGAACGCCUUGACCCGCCUAACGGACAAAUUUACUUCCAAAAGCCGUCUGGGAGGUUCUGCGAUGGCCGUCUGAUCAUUGAUUUUCUCCUGGAUGCAAUGGACAUGCCCUUUCUAAAUGCCUAUCUGGAAGCAAUUGGAGCCCCAAGUUUUAAAAAAGGAUGCAAUUUUGCAGCUGCAGGGUCUACUAUACUUCCAGCAACUGCAUCUUCUGUUAGCCCAUUUUCAUUCGGUAUUCAAGUGGCUCAAUUUCUCAGAUUCAAGGCUCGAGUUCUCGAACUGAAAGCUAAAUCAAAGAAAUUUGAUAAAUACCUUCCAUCUGAAGAUUAUUUUGCCAAGGGGCUUUACAUGUUUGAUAUAGGCCAGAAUGAUCUUGCUGGUGCCUUUUAUUCCAAAACAUUGGAUCAAAUUCUUGCUUCCAUUCCAACAAUUUUGACAGAAUUUGAAAAUGGAAUUAAGAAAUUAUAUGAUCAAGGGGGAAGAAAUUUUUGGAUUCAUAACACGGGUCCCCUCGGUUGCUUGGCUCAGAAUAUAGCCAAAUUCGGAACUGAUCCAUCAAAGCUUGAUGAGCUAGGAUGUGUCAGCUCACAUAACCAAGCUUCCAGACUUCUAAACCUACAGCUUCAUGCACUCUGUAAGAAGCUACAAGGCCAAUAUUCCGAUGCAAAUGUCACACAUGUGGAUAUCUUCACAAUAAAAUCUAAUCUCAUUGCAAACUAUUCUCGAUAUGGAUUUGAACAACCCCUAAUGGCUUGCUGUGGUUAUGGAGGUCCACCACUGAACUAUGACAGUCGGGUAGCCUGUGGUCUAACUAAAGUUCUGAAUGGGAGCUCUGUGACAGCCAACGGGUGCAAUGACAGUACUGAAUACAUAAAUUGGGAUGGAAUACAUUACACAGAGGCUGCAAAUCAGUAUGUAUCAUCACAAAUACUCACUGGGAAAUAUUCCGACCCACCCUUUGCAGACAAGAUGCCUUUCCUUCUCAAGCUCAAAUUCUAAAGAAACAAAUAUGCUUAUCAUUAUUUCAUUCCUUUCACACUCCGU